CCAGUCGGCCCACCUGAUACCGGACGCGUGUCCAUGGCUGCGCUAGGUCUGAGGGUAGAGCUGGACUCGCUGCUCCUGCAGCUACGCGGAGACCUCGAGGAGCUAGAGGUGAAGCGGGCGGCGUUGAACACCCGGGUGGAGGAGGGAUGGCUCUCGCUCGCCAAGGCUCGCUACGCCAUGGGCGCCAAGUCUGUAGGACCCCUGCAGUAUGCUUCCUGUAUGGAGCCCCAGGUCUGCGUCCAUGCCAGUGAGGCCCAGGAUGGACUCGAGAAGUUCAGGGUGGUGAGAGCUGGCACCCAGACCCCAGAGGAGGUGGGACCCCGUGAGGAAGGUUUGCGCAGGCGCAAGGGCCUCACUAAGACUCCAGAGCAAGAGUCCUCAGAGGGCCCCCAGGACCCUCUGAACUGGUUCGGAAUCCUGGUUCCUCACAGUCUACGGCAGGCCCAAGCUAGCUUCCAGGAUGGCCUACAGCUGGCUGCAGACAUAGCCAGCCUUCAGAACCGCAUCGACUGGGGGCAAAGCCAGUUCCGAGCAGCCAGAGCCUGGGGCUGUCUGACUUGCACUCACAGAGGCAGAGCAGCGAGCAUAGCUGUUCAGGGAUGUGGCUGCCUCAUCAGAGGCCUUCUCCCUUCACAUCCCCUUGCCCCGCCCCACCCUAGCUAA